CAUCAAAACACCUGCCAGUUUUUGCCAUCUGAUAUUCUGAUAUAAUCUGCUGCUCUUGUGACAAUUUAUUAUUAUUGUUGAAGUAAUUCUUAUCUCACAUGUGCUUGUUAGUGUGGGUGCGACCGCUUAUAAACAAGUUUCUGCAUAGUAUAACGCAGUUCAGUUUUCAGCUCCAGUGACAUUUUUCACUUAUUCUUAAAUAUUCACAAUUUUUGGAUUAUUUUCCUGUUUGGAAAUAUUUGACUAAUACUACUGUCUGCAACACGCAACGUUAUUAAAUUUUUGUUCCACCAUGCCUGCUGAUUAUGUAACAUUAGCCAUGCAACUGGCCCGAGUCGUCUCGGAGACAGAACUGGGGUUCGAAGAUGGUCCAAAAAGCGGGCCCGAUCAUCAGCCCACUUUUACUUGCCAGGCGUCUUCCCGACUCUCGAGCAACGGUGAAACCAUCACGGGGAACGGAGCAGCCCGCAGUUUGAAGGAAGCCCGACACGAUGCAGCACGGGAUUAUGUCUAUCACCUGUUGCAGGACAACUACCAGGCUCUGAUGGGCAUUGUCCGCCCACGGAAUGCCCGCAGCGGAGCAGCAUCACCCCGGCCGACCAGCGAAGCCACCGUGCGCACCGCCCAUUAUAUGCCAGCCCGCGCGGACAGUCCACAGGAGCUGAAAAACAACGGAUCGCCUCGGCCUGCCAUGCCAGUGUUGCGUGCGUCGAAUUCACAGCGUGCUGAUCAAGUGGAUAACGUGGCCAGCCAUUUACGGAAUGUCAAACUGGAGGGGAUCAGCAACGACGAAGCAUUCGGUAGCCGUGAUGUGGAUCAAAACGCGACCUGUCUGGAUGAUGAGAAAAGCACUGCAGGUCUUCCCGGAAAGACCGAAUAUCUGAUCGCAACCAAAGCGGAUGUGUUCGAGUUUAUCAACCAUAAAAUGAAACCGUUUGACCUCGCGGCACUUAUGGGCCAGCAGAAGUGAUUUGUACCGCUAUAGUUGUUGAAUACGUGCCGCUGUGUGGAUAUUGAAGGGUUAGGGAACGCUUCUGCUUGUGGAUGUGCGUAGAUAAUCUGCUUUCUUGUUUUUCAGUUUCUAGCAGUAGUUUUUAGCAGUUCAUAGCUCGUUUACAAUGUCAUAAAACAUUUAUCCGUCCCUUGAGUUUUGAGCAGAUUAAGGCCUUUUUUGCGAAGAUGUUUGACUUUUAUUGUGCGUUACUUGUUGUUGUGGCUCGUGAUUUUCUAAAUUACUCGGAUUAUCAGCUGAAGUGAUGUGUAUUGUGUGUUGUGAUUUUUGUCGUACGUUUGUGUUUCUGUCUGUCCACUUCUGCAAAUAAAUAACUGGCGCUUUA